ACGGGUAUUGAUGCAACCGUGUAUUACAGCCCCGAGAUCUUCGAAGUAGCGGGUAUUGCUGGUAACUCGAAGCUUCUUGCUGCAACUGUUGCUGUGGGAGUUACAAAAACUGCAUUUAUAUUAGUUGCUAUUCUUCUUAUAGACAAACUUGGAAGAAAGCCACUGCUAUAUAUAAGCACGAUUGGUAUGACUAUCUGUUUGUUUUGUUUGGGACUUACUCUAUUAUUGUUGAAGCACACACCUUUCGGGAUUGGAAUGGCAAUACUGUCGGUUUGUGGAAAUGUUGCUUUCUUCUCAGUGGGAAUUGGUCCUGUUUGUUGGGUUUUGACAUCGGAAAUCUUCCCUUUGAGGCUGCGCGCCCAAGCAGCAGCACUCGGAGCUGUGGGUAACAGAGUGUGCAGCGGUUUGAUUGCCAUGUCUUUUCUCUCCAUGGGACGUGCAAUUACAAUGGCUGGAACUUUCUUCAUUUUUUCAGCAGUUUCAGCCGUUUCUGUUGCCUUUGUUUACGCACUUGUUCCUGAAACAAAAGGAAAAUCACUGGAGCAGAUUGAGGCAUUGUUUCAGAGUGAACAUGAGCAGCAAGGGAGUGGAGUGGAGCUUAGAGAUGUUGAGCAGCUUGUGCAGAAAGAGUGAUCCUCUCCAGGGAUUGUUUCUGACCCAAUUCCAGUAAGUUCUUAUGGCUAUUGUAUCGAUGUGAGUACACAAAUCGAUGUCAUGUUCUAAGUUGUAUAAAUCAAGAAUUUCCCAGUUUCAAGCCUACAGGAAUUCUGAGAAUUAUUGCCAGCACAUGUAGGAAUUGGUUCAGGAUUUUUUUUUGUAAACUUGUGUCAGAAAAUUAAGUGUAUAUCUAUUAGUGUGGGAGAAUGAGUUUAAUUUAAUAAUUAGAAAAAAAAAAAGAAACAAAAAGAAAAAAAAAAGGGGAGAGAAUCGGAAUCAAUGGCAUGGUUGUGUUUUUGUUUGAUGUAUUUUCUGUUUUCUUAUCCUGGAGUAAAGAUGCAAAAACAUAGAGGAAAAGUGAUAAAACAAUGUCUACGUUAAAUUCAUUUCAUGUUCUAUUUUAUU